CGUGUCCACCCCUCCUCCACCCUGGCAGGGGAGGUGGCCGUCCCUUACUUCAUGGGGCACGUCACCGACUGGGUGGCCAGCGAGGACGAGGUGGCGGCCGCCUGGUCCAUGGCCGUGCUGGGGCUCAGCAGCGCUGUCACCGAAUUCGCCUGUGACGUCACGUACACAGGGACAUUGAGCCGGGUGUUGGGACGUCUCCAGCGGCGUGUCUUCGCCGCCGUCCUACGAUGGGAUGUCACCUCCCUGCAGGCGAUGGGGACUGGGGCAGUGACGGCGAGGGUGACAGGGGACGUGGAGGCCACCCACUCGGCGGUAGCUGAGGUGCUCAACAUCUUGCUGUGGUACCUGGCACGGGGCGUUUGUCUCCUGGUCACCAUGGCAUGGUUGUCACCCCGCCUGGCCUUUGUCACCCUCCUGUCACUGCCCGUCCUCCUACUGCUGCCCCGGGGCAUCAGCAAGAUCCAGCAGGGGUUGUCACGGCAGGUGCAGGAGGGGCUGGCGGGCGCCACCAAGGUGGCAGUGGAGACUUUCCAGGCCAUGGCCACCGUCCGCAGCUUCGCUCAUGAGGCCGGGGCGGCCGAGCAGUACCACCAGCGCCUGCGUCAUGUCUAUCGGCUGGAGAGGAAGGGGGCGGCCAUCUACGCGGCCACCAUCUGGGCCAGCGGGUUCUCGGCGCUGGCCCUGAAGUUGGGGCUCCUCUGCUACGGGGCACAGCUGGUGGCCACAGGGACCAUCACCACCGGGGACCUUGUCACCUUCCUCAUCUACCAGAUGCAGUUCACUGAGGCCUUGGAGGUCCUCCUCAGACACUACCCCAACCUGACCAAGGCCGUGGGCUCCUCAGAGAAGAUCUUUGAGUUCCUGGACCAGGAGGAGCAUUUGGCACCCACGGCGAAGCCGGAACACAAUAUCGUGCAGGGCCACCUCCAGCUUGAGGAUGUCUGGUUCUCCUACCCCGAGCACCAAGAGCCCAUCCUCAAGGGCGUGUCCCUGGAGCUGCGGCCCGGGGAGGUGCUGGCGGUGGUGGCCCCCCCGGGGGCAGGGAAGAGCACCCUGGUGUCCCUGGUCCUGUGCCUGCGCCCGCCGGGGGCCGGGCGGGUGCUGCUGGACGGUCACCCCCUCCCUGCCUGCCAGCACCCCUACCAGCGCUGCCAGGUGGCCGUCGUCCCCCAGCAGCCGGUGCUCUUCUCCCGCUCGCUCCACGCCAACAUCGCCUACGGACCGGGGAGCUGGAGCCGGGCAGAGGUGACGGUGGCAGCCCGCCGGGCGGGUGCCCACACCUUCAUCACCCGCCUGCCCCUGGGCUAUGACACAGAGGUGGGAGAGCUGGGGGGGCAGCUUUCCGGGGGACAGCGGCAGGCGGUGGCCAUCGCUCGUGCCCUGGUGAGGGACCCCGUUGUCCUCGUCCUCGAUGAGCCCACCAGCGCCCUGGACAGCGAGAGCCGGCUGCAGGUGGAGCAGGAGAUCUUCGGAGCCGCAGGGGCCGGGCGCGCGGUGCUGCUGGUGACAGGGCAGGUGGCCCUGGCCAUGCGGGCGCAGCGGGUGGCCGUGCUGGAGGGGGGGCGACUGCACGAGCUGCAGUCCCCCAAGGAGCUCCUGCGCCCCGGCAGCCGCUACUGGUGCCUGCUGCAGGGCGGGGGGCAAGGGGGGACAGCGGGGGACGGGGACACAGGGAAGGAGGGGGACGGACGGCAGGAGCUGGGGAUGGGGACACCAAGGGAGAUCCCCUCGGUGACACCGCGCUUGGCCACCCGCAACCAGACAUCCUUCCGUGUGACCUGGCCACGUCCCCUCGUGUCGGUGGACGGCUACCAGGUGGCCCUCAUCCCCCUGGAUGAGCCGGCGGCGAUGACCACCCAUGAGCUGCCCGGCUCUGCUGUCACCUUCGAGGUGACGGGGCUGGCACCGGGCCAUGCCUUCGAGCUCUUCAUCCAGGCUCAACGGCAGCAGCACCUCGGGGCGCCCAGCACCCUGCGCAUCCGCACCCGGUUCCCUGGGGUCCCCGGCAUCACCAGUGGCCCCAGCAUCACCAUCAGCCAGAGGGUCUCCGGCAUCCCCAAGGUCCCCAGUGUCACCAGCAUCCCCGGGGUCACCAGGGUCCCUGGGAUCACCGGCAUCACCAGUGUCACCGGAUGCAUCCUUGGGGUCAUCAGGGUCUUUGGGGUCACCGGCAUCCCCAGCAUCUCCAAGGUUUCCAGCGUCCCCAGUAUCUCGAGGGUACCCAGGGUCCCCAGCAUCGCCGAAGUCCCCAGUGUCACCAGGGUCCCCAGUGUCACCAGCGUCCCCAGAAUUCCCGGGUUCACCAGUGUCCCCAAGAUCCCCAGAGGCACCAGCAUCCCCAAUGUCCCCAAGAUCACCUGCAUCUCCACGGUCCCCAGCAUCACCACAGUCCCCUGUGUCACCUCCAUCUCCAUGGUCCCCGGUGUCCCCAGCAUCCCCACUGUCCCCAGUGCUCCCGGGUGGCCCAUCUCUGCAUGA